AUGCAAUCAAUUGUAUCGACAUUUGUUGGAAUCCUUUUUCCACAUACAUUGCAAGUAGAUGCACAAACAAAUAAAGUUUAUUUUUUGUUGUACGAGGCAUAUUUUGGUGUCAAAGUGAUAGGAUCAAGAAGUAUGAUAGAAGAAUCUUUUAAAGCAUACAAUUCUUUAUGGGAUAUCACCUUUUUAAAAGGAAAAAAGGACCCCAUUCUCCUGGUUGCUACAGGCAUGAUGGAUCAGGUACCAAGUGUUUCUGGGUUUUUGGGUAGGGCUGUGGAGGAAAAAUUUUAUUUGGAAACGAUUGCAUUAAGAAUAUUGCCAUGUAUCCCGUUGGUAUCAGAGACUCUAAAAGACAUGGUCCAUCCGGACAUUGGACCCGUACAACUAAGUGAGGGUGUCAGAGAGGGUUAUUUCUAUGUGAACUUAUCUCUUAGUCAAAAUUUUGAAAACGGACCCGAGUUCUUUGCGUCUCAUGAGGCAGACGAAGAACUGGGUAAAUAUUUUUUAUUUAUAUUAAAGAUCUUAUCUCUUUUUUUUUCGGAUAAGCAUUUAACUCAAAAUUUAAUUAGAUGA